AUGGAACAAGAAAAUAAACAGGGUGUGUGUGAAGCCCAGGACUCAGCAGACCAAGGGAUGGGCUCUGAUUUUGAGAACUCUGAAGACAGGGAACGGGACCCAGAAGAAAGAGGAAUGGGCUCUAAGCCACAGGACGCAGACAAGAGAGAAGGCCCCCCACAGCAGGAUCUGGGCUCCAACCCACAUGAUGACGCUCUGGGAGGGGACCCAGAGGAGAGGGAUCUGGUGUCUGACAUCUGCCCAGAGGGGCUGCUGAGUGAGGAAGAAGGGGCCGCGCUCCGCGAAGAUGAUUACCAAUCUGGUGUAGCUGAGAUGGCGAUGUUCCCGGGACUGUCUGAAUCCGACAGCAUUUCCCGGAGCCCCCAGGAAGAGGAGGAGGAGGAAGAGGAGAGCGCUGGGGAGAACCGGCUGGACGAAGAGGAGCAGCCGCCCCCUCCCAUGCUUCCCUGGAGGCGGCACCUCUCCCUAGGCAGUCGGCACCGGAGCGACAAGCCGGCCCACCGCCGCUUCCGCCGGCUCCAUCACCCCAUGGCCAUGGACCUCGGGGAGCUCGACAGCCUGAUGGCCAGCAUCAUGGACGCACCCACCAUCUGCCCCGACUGCGGGGAGAGCUUCAGCCCGGGCGCCGCCUUCCUGCAGCACCAGCGCAUCCACCGCCUGGCGGAGGCCGCGGCCGCCGCCAGCCUGGAGCCCUUCGGCUUCGCGGGCGAGUGCGGCGCCAUGGUGGGGAUGGUGGGCGUGGGCGUGGCGGGGGGCUUCGGGGCGGGGCCCGCGCUGGCCCGGCCCCCGCGCGAAAAGCCUUUCCGCUGCGGGGAGUGCGGCAAGGGCUUCAGCCGCAACACCUACCUGACCAACCACCUGCGCCUGCACACGGGCGAGCGGCCCAACCUGUGCCCCGACUGCGGCAAGAGCUUCAGCUGGCGCGCCGACCUGCUCAAGCACCGGCGCCUGCACACGGGCGAGAAGCCCUACCCGUGCCCCGAGUGCGGCGAGGCCUUCAGCCUCAGUUCGCACCUGCUGAGCCACCGGCGCGCGCACGCGGCAGCCAGCGGCGCAGGGGCGGCGGCGCUGCGGCCCUUCGCCUGCGGCGAGUGCGGCAAGGGCUUCGUGCGCCGCUCGCACCUGGCCAACCACCAGCGCAUCCACACGGGCGAGAAGCCGCACGGCUGUGGUGAGUGCGGUAAGCGCUUCAGCUGGCGCUCGGACCUGGUGAAGCACCAGCGUGUGCACACGGGCGAGAAGCCCUACAUGUGCUCCGAGUGCGGCGAGACCUUCAGCGUCAGCUCGCACCUCUUCACGCACAAGCGCACGCACUCGGGCGAGCGGCCCUACGUGUGCCGUGAGUGCGGCAAGGGCUUCGGGCGCAACUCGCACCUGGUGAACCACCUGCGUGUGCACACGGGCGAGAAGCCCUUCCGCUGCGGCCAGUGCGAGAAGCGCUUCAGCGACUUCUCGACGCUCACGCAGCACCAGCGCACGCACACGGGCGAGAAGCCCUACACGUGCAUCGAGUGCGGCAAGAGCUUCAUCCAGAGCUCGCACCUGAUCCGCCACCGCCGCAUCCACACCGGCAACAAGCCGCACAAGUGCGCGGGCUGUGGCAAGGGCUUCCGCUACAAAACGCACCUGGCGCAGCACCAGAAGCUGCACCUGUGCUAG